CAUGUUAAUUGCAAGAAAAAUGAAGUACUCAACAUUCUCUUUUUGGUUUCUUUGCAAAAUAUUAGUUUCACUUCUCUCAUUCUCUAUCCAAACUUCUCAAGCUAAUCCACAUGAAAACUUUCUUCAAUGCUUCUCCAAACAUAUCAACAACAAUAACAAUACAUCAAUUGUAAAACUCAUACACACUCCAAAUGAUCCAUCAUAUAUCUCUGUCCUAAAUUCAACUAUACAAAACCUUAGAUUUGCUUCUCCUUCAACACCAAAACCACUAGUUAUCAUCACACCUUCAAAUACAUCCCAUGUCCAAGCCUGUGUUUUAUGCUCCAAGAAAUAUGGCUUGCAGAUUCGAACUCGAAGCGGCGGCCAUGACUUUGAGGGUGCCUCCUAUGUGUCUAAAGUCCCAUUUGUGAUAUUAGAUAUGAGAAAUCUACGUUCAAUCACUGUAGACGUAGAUACCAAAACUGCAUGGGUUGAAGCUGGAGCUACCAUUGGUGAACUUUAUUAUAGGAUUGCUGAGAAAAAUGGGAAUCUGAGUUUUCCUGCUGGAUACUGUCGUACUGUUGGGGUAGGUGGGCAUUUCAGUGGAGGAGGCUAUGGAGCACUGUUGCGAAAAUAUGGCCUUGCAGCUGAUAAUAUCAUUGAUGCUCACUUAGUCAACGCAGAUGGAGAAUUCCUUGACCGAAAAUCUAUGGGAGAAGAUUUGUUUUGGGCCAUACGUGGUGGUGGUGGAGCAAGCUUUGGAAUCAUUCUCGCUUGGAAAAUCAGAUUGGUUGCAGUUCCAUCAAAAGUUACUAUGUUCUCUGUUAGUAAAAACUUGGAGAUGAAUGAGACUGUGAAGAUAUAUAACAAAUGGCAAAAUACUGCUUACAAGUUUGACAAAGAUUUGUUACUCUUUGUUAGUUUCAUGACUAUUAAUUCUACCGAUUCACAAGGGAAAUACAAGACAACUAUACAAGCUUCAUUCUCUUCUAUAUUUCUUGGUAGGGUUGAGAGUCUCCUCACAUUGAUGCAAAAGAAAUUUCCUGAGUUGGGAAUUGAAAGAAAAGAUUGCCUCGAAAAGAGCUGGAUUGAAACUGUCGUUUACUUUGAUGGUUUUUCAAGUGGGGAUACACCAGAAUCUUUACUUAAUACAACAUUUCAACAAAAUGUAUUUUUCAAGGUGAAAUUAGACUAUGUGAAGAAGCCAGUUCCAGAAGUUGUGAUGGUAAAACUUUUGGAGAAGUUAUAUGAAGAAGAUGUAGGAGUGGGGUUUCUUAUGAUGUACCCUUAUGGUGGUAAAAUGGAUGAGAUUUCAGAAUCAGCAAUUCCAUUCCCUCAUCGAGCUGGAUUUAUGUACAAAAUUUUGUACUUGUCUGCAUGGGAGAAAGAAGGAGAAAGUGAAAAGCAUAUGAAUUGGGUCCGAAGUGCAUAUAAUUUCAUGUCUCCUUAUGUGUCCCAAAAUCCAAGAGCUACAUAUCUCAAUUAUAGGGACCUUGAUUUGGGAACAAAUAACGAGAAGGGUCCUAUUAGUUACUCACAAGCAAGUGUUUGGGGUAAAAAGUAUUUUGGUAUGAACUUUAAGAGGUUAGUUAAUGUGAAAACCAAGGUCGAUCCAAGUAAUUUCUUUAGAAACGAACAAAGCAUCCCACCACUUCUGUCGCGACGCCUCUAAAUAUUUAUACUGAUAUAAUAUAAUAAUGAAAAAUUCUACAAUUCACCUUUUUAAAAGGGAUGCAUGUAUCUUAUCUAUUUUGAUAUUUGAAGUAAUAUUUUAGUUAAAUUUGUUUUUUUUA